AUAAUUUGCUAUAUUAUCAUCCAAGAAGAUGAAUAUUAUGUCAUUUUCUAAAAGAAUUGGGUGGGCUCACUCCAGAAAGAAUGGCUGCUAUCAUGAAAUCAACCAAUAACAAAUGCUGGCGGGGCUGUGGAGAAAGAGGAACCCUUCUCAAAUGCUGAAAUGAAGAGUUAGAGCAAUAUUAUCAAUAUAAAACUUGGAAUCAAUAUAAAGAAAUAUUCCUUUGGAUUCCAGAUGCUAAUGUGGACAUGAAACUAGUUGGUUUAAAACCGAUUGAAAGCCUUGCUUGUAGAAAGCCCCUGAUUGAGGAUUUGUCACUAAAUGUGCCACAUACUGCACUGAAGCCUGAUGAGUAUUUAGGAUCUGAAGAGAAGCUAUUAAAAUGUAAUGAAAAUGCAAGAAACUGGAGUAAUUUCCAGUCCUUUCAGAAGCAUACAAGGACAAAGGCUGGAGAGAAACCCUGUGAAUUUGGUCAGUGUGGCAAAUCCAGCUCUGAUCUUAGUGAAAGAACUCACCUUAGAGAGAAGAAGACCUUUGUAUGUAAGAAAAAUUUGAAGGACUCCAGAACAACCAGUGAUAUUCAGAUCCAUGAAAGAAAUCACAGUGGGGGAAAACCAUAUGUGUGUAAGCAGUGUGGAAAAGCUUUCAGUACACAAAGUUAUUGUAAAAUACAUGAGAGGAUUCACACUGGAGAGAAACCUUAUGUAUGUAAGCAAUGUGGGAAAGCUUUCAGCACACAUAGUGUUUGUCGUAUACAUGAAAGAAGUCACACUGGAGAGAAACCCUAUGUAUGUAAGCAAUGUGGGAAGGCUUUCAGUACACAAGGUUAUUGUAAAAUACAUGAGAGAACUCACACUGGGGAGAAACCAUAUAUAUGUAAGCAAUGUGGGAAAGCUUUCAAUACACGUGAUUAUUGUCAAAGACAUGAGAGAAGUCACACUGGGGAGAAACCUUAUAUAUGUAAGAAAUGUGGGAAAUGUUUCAGCACACACAAAAAUUGUAAAAUACAUGAAAUAAGUCACACUGGAGAAAAACCUUAUGUAUGCAAGCAAUGUGGGAAAGCUUUCAGUACACCAGAUUAUUGUAAAAUACAUGAGAGAAGUCACACUGGGGAGAAACCCUAUGUAUGUAAGCAAUGUGGAAAAGCUUUCAGCAGAAACAGUCAUUGUCAAAUACAUGAAAGAUCUCACACUGGGGAGAAACCCUAUGUAUGUAAGCAGUGUGGAAAAGCUUUCAGCAGAAACAGUCAUUGUCAAAUACAUGAAAGAUCUCACACUGGGGAGAAACCCUAUGUAUGUAAACAAUGUGGGAAAGCUUUCAGCACACAUAGUGUUUGUCGAGUACAUGAAAGAACUCACACUGGAGAGAAACCCUAUGUAUGUAAGCAAUGUGGGAAAGCUUUUAGCAGUAACAGUCAUUGUCGAACACAUGAAAGAAUUCAUAUAGGGGAGAAACCCUAUGUAUGUAUGCAAUGUGGGAAAGCUUUCAGCACACGUAAUUAUUGUCGAAUACAUGAAAGAACUCACACUGGGGAGAAGCCCUAUGUGUGUAAGCAGUGUGGGAAAGCUUUCAGAACACACAGUAAUUGUCAAAUACAUGAAAGAACUCACACUGGGGAGAAGCCCUAUGUGUGUAAGCAGUGUGGUAAAGGAUUUGCUACUAAGUCCUCAUUACACAGACAUAAACUCACUGUGGAGAAACUAUGUAUGUAAGCAAUGUGGGAGUGCUCUAAGUACACAUAUUGACAAAUACAUGAAUACAUGUAUUUCACGUCAAACACAUGAAGUCUCACUGGAGAGAAACUUCAUGUAUGUAAGCCUGUUUUGAAAAUCCUGUGAAAAUUUCUCAUGUAGUGGAGACCUGUAGAAAUAAUACAAAAUGUUUGAUGUCAAUAUUUCUUCUCAAAUUUCCAAAAAAAGAAAAUUCCCAGUGGAGAUAUCAGAAGUUACAUACAUUGUGUGGUUUUCAGUAAAUCACUUAUAGAUUAUGUACCUAUAGUGUUUAAUAUAUAGAUAUUGAGUUGACAUAUUUAGGUGUUUUUGUGUAUCUGAGCUUAACACAUAGGGUAUUUAGCAUGGUGAAUUGAAAUAUAUAUAUUUUUAUUCAUUAAUUUUAUUGGUAUAUUUUAGGUAUACAAUCACAUACUGUACCAUUUUAUGCAGGGUUCAAAAUGAUCAAAAUACUUAAACCAAAUAAGAUGGCAGGAAGAAGACCAGCCUUAAACAAACCAGAAGAAAAAGAAUAUGUACAGGCAGGAAUAUGCAGGUAGUCCUAGGACCCAGGAAGGUUAUGGUAGAUAGCUGAGCAGGGUUGACAUGAAGCCCUUCCCUUGGGGCUGUGGGUCUUUGCUACCAGCAUAAAAAUACAUGCUUCCCCUCCUCCCUAAAAUUAAUUGAUCUAUUUUGAUUUUAGUUUAGUACAUGGUGAGAAAUACAGGCCUAGCAUCAAUCUUCUGCAUGUCGAUAGCCCCUUUAGCAAAUGGAGCUGGAAAAACUGGCUAUCUUUCCUCCAGCAUAGGUUUUUGGUCCCUUUGUCAAAGAUAAGGUGGCUGAGUGUGAGUGCAUCUUCUAUUCUUUUCCAUUGAAUUACAUGUCAGUUUUUGUGCUAAUACAAUGCUGUUUUUAUCACUGUAGCUGUGUAGUAUAACUUGUUAUGGGGGGUUGUGUUGCCUGCUACUUUGCUUUUUUUUUUUUUUUCUUUUGAGACAGGACCUCAGUAUGUAGUUCAUGUUGGCCUUUAACUCACUAUGUAACCCAGGCCAGCAUCAAACAGGAAAUGAUCCUCCUGCCUCAGCAUCUUGAGUGCUGUGAUUACAAAUGUUCACCACCACACCCAGCUUCCUGAUUUGCUCUUUUAGCUGGGAUUGAUUUUGCUUUUUCUGGUCUCUUGGAGUUAUAUAUAAAUUUUAAUGAUUGUUUUAUGGCUACAGCUUCAUAAAACCUGAGUUCACAUAGUACCCUUCAUGCUUUACUUGUCCAUUCACCAGCAGCCACAUUAAUUUUCUACCUGUCCUGUUUAGCCUCUUCUGCCUAUAGUAGGGGGGCCACCCUUACCUGUGGUGAGCACUGGAAAGGUUGCAGCCAGGAAGCUAUGUUCCCUGAUGUUUGGGGGAAAUGGUGGAAUAAGCCAGUAUACAAGGAGCCUAUCCCAGAGGUAUGGUCUCUGCUAGCUCAUAUCCUUGAUGAUCUUGUAUUGGACCCCUACUUAUCUCUCAUGGGGAUAUGGGUCUCUCCAAUCUGUUUAAUAAAUAUAACUCCAGUGAGAGGUCUCUUCAAUCUCCCAAUAGUUCUCAGAUCACUAAAUUAGGCACAUCCCUCCAAUUACUCAGGAACUCCACUAGAGCCUCUUGCCCUAAAGGAACCCAGUUUUAAUCAGCCCCCUCAUUAUGCUCCUCAGCCUUAUGACCCACUGGCUGCACACAGCUUUAAGCCUUAGAGUAUGAACCAGAAGUGGUGCUUAUUUCUUUAAUUCACAACUUGUCCUGCCUCAAAGAGAGGUUCCAGGCAUGGAAAUACUCAAGUUCUGGUUCAUUUUCAGUUGUAGAUAUUCAGCAAUGCAAAGAAUGGCUAGGCCAAUUAUCAGAGGACCCUAGUAAGUUUACAGAUAUGUUUCAAACUUUGAUCCUUGCUUUUGACUUAUCAUAGUAAAAUGUCCAAUUCAUUUUGGUCACUUGCCAUACCCAGAUGAAAGAAUCCUACAAAGGGCUAGAAACUAUGAAGAUGAGCAAUAUGCUUUUAAAAGGGAAGGAAAUACCCUGGAAAGGUUUUUAUAAAAACCUGCACUACACUUAAUCCUGCCUCUUUGAUGCCUAUAGGCCCAGAAGUUAUCCACUCUUGUGAACAAGUGAUCUCUCAAACCUAGUGCAAGCAGAUAGGAUAUCAAUGACUGGCCCUUCCAAGACCCUGAGAAGAUGUGGUUCACUGAUAGAAGUAGCUUUGUCCAAGAAGGACAUUGAAAGGUAGAUUGUGCAGUUGUCAGUUCACAACAGGCCACUGAAGCAAAACCUCUUUCCUCAGGGACCUCUCUUGGAAAGGCAGAGCUAAUAGCUUUUACUUGAGGAUUGACACUAGGAAAAGGCAAAAUUUACGUAUCUAUACAGACUUCAAAUAUGCCUUCCUGGUGCUACGUAUUUGUGCAACAAUCUCAAAGGAAAGGGGCUUACUAAUAAUCACAAAGCACAAGAAGGAAAUUAUACAACUCCUAGAGGUAGUCCAUUUUCUCAAGCAGGUCACAGUGCACUGUAAGGAGCACUAUAGAAAUAUGUCUGAAGUCUGCUUGGGAAAUAAAAAGGCUGAUAGGGAAGCCUUACAACCCCUUAAGGCCCUAGCCUUAAUCUCAGUUUUUGAGGAACCAUUAACACCAGUUUAUACUUCCCCAGAAAGAUAAAUUGGCCUUAGGACAAAGGGAUAUUUAAAAAGGGGCUCUGGUGAUAUUUAGAAAACAAACUGGAGUGGUGCUGGUGUCAGCUUUGACACCAGGAGCAGACCCCAGUCUUGUCGUUCACCAUGCCAAUGGUGGAGGAGCUUUACCACAAGUAUGGCAUCCUCACCAAUGCCACUGAGUAAUGGGCCAGCAUAAAGAUGCCUAUCAAGUCAUACUGGAUGGUGUGAAAGGUGGUACUAAGGAAAAAUGAUUAGCAGCUCAGUUUAUUCCUAAAUUCUUCAAGCAUUUUCCUGAAUUGGCAGAUUCUGCUAUCAAUGCACAGUUAGACCUCUGUGAGGAUGAAGGUGUAUCAAUUUGACACCAAGCAAUUAAAGAGCUGCCUCAAUUUGCCACUGGAGAAAAUCUUCCCUGAGUGGAAGAUAUACUAACCCAACUCUUGCAGACAGAUGACUGCAGAAUUUAACUUAGUGAACAAUGCCCUGUUAAGUAUAUUUAAGAUGGAUGCAAGAGGAAUAUUAGGUGGCUUGUUUAGCCAGAUACUUCAAGGAGAAGACAUUGUUAGAGAACGAGCAAUUAAGUUCCUUUCUACAAAACUUAAAACUUUACCAGAUGAAGUCUUAACGAAGUAGAAGAACUUAUACUAACUGAAUCCAAAAGGUCCUAGAAGAUAUGAUUGGUGAAGAAUUUGUUCUGUUCAUGAAGAUACUGUCUGGGUUAAAAAGCUUACAGACAGUGAGUGGAAGACAGCAGCUGGUAGAGCUGGUGGCCAAACAGGCCAACCUGGAGCAGACCUUCAAUCCCUCAGAUCCCAACUGCGUGGACAGGCUCUUACAGUGCACUCAGCAGGCAGUGCCCCUCUUCUCCAAAAAUGUUCAUUCCACGAGGUUUGUGACAUUUCUGUGAACAAGUUCUCCCUAACCUUAGUACCUUGAGUACCCCAGUGGAGGGUCUUGAUACACAUUUGGAGAUGUUAAGAUUGUUGGGAGAAAUGAGUUCAUUUUGUGGUGACAUGGAGAAGCUAGAAACACACUUAAGGAAACUAUUUGGUAAGUUAUUGGAGUACAUGCCUCUUCCACCAGAAGAAGCAGAAAA